UUUAAACCUGUUUCUUGGUGUGUACUAUACUGCUUCUAUAAAUUUUCUAUGUAAUUAUAACAGAUCAUGCAUAGAUACAGAGAAGGAAGAGGCAAAAUUGAAAAGCAAAAGCAGUACUCUGUAAUUAUUAUAGAGUUCUGCAGAUCUCUGUUUCAAGAACAGGUUUUGAAUAUGACAAGAUGAUCUUCAGCUCUCUCUCUCUCUGAAAACAAAUGUAUUUUUUGCAUUCAGACUCAGAUUUUUGUCUACUGUGGACAUGGACAAAGAAAGCAGAAAAGGCUGCUAUUCCGCCUAUUCAUACAUGUAGUAUCUCUUAGAAACUGUUCAAUCACAGCAGUUAUUUGUUUUAAUAUAUUGGCAUCAUUUUAGGGAUAGAGGUGUGAUGGCUGAGAAAAAAGAAAGAAAAAGAAAAAAAAAAAAAAAGCAGCAAAGUAAGUGAGAGAGAUUGCUAUUCUCAGCUCAAUGGUCUUGUUGCUUGCUUUUUUUCUUCUUCUUUCCCGCUUGGUAUGUAUCACCCUCCGAUUAUCACCACCACCGCCUGUGGAGUGGAUGUUACAAGGCUGGGUAGAGGAACUUGCUCUGCUGACCUGCUUUGCAUGUACUGUACGUACGUACUCUGUGCAUCAGGCUCGGACGGGAUUAUUAUGCUGUCAUGAUUUUCCGGCAUCGUAUCGUAUCUUGAAACUUGAUCCCAUCCCUCCCCUCCCCCUUGUCACCAACCACCCUGUUAGGCUGCGACAGAGCUAUGUCUGGCUAGUGCAUGGAUAUGAAUCAUAGUGGUUAUUAGAGGUGGGGGACCGAAGGAAGAAUGAAGGACUUGACUGCUAAGAGUGGGAUGGCUUGCCCUUGCUCUGCUCCGGAGUUAGUUAGUUACAGCUAUCCUUUUUUUUUACUAGAACAGAAGCAAGCAAGCCACCGCAGCCACCGCAGCCACUGCCAAUCUUGCUCAGAGAAAGGGAAGAUGGAACCCAAGACCAGAUCAGACCAGGCCAGGCCUGGUUCAAGCGGGUAGAUAGAUUGGAGGUUAUCAAAGGGAUGCAUGCGGAUGGGAUGGGAUGGGCUGUUUGCGAAGAGUAGAUACUUCUGUCUGUUACUCUGUACUCUGUAACUACGGAGUACUCUGUCCUGUAGAGUGUGAAUGGCCAAUAAUAGAGGAAUAAGGAUAGCUACAGGCAGACAGACAUAAGCUGGUUUGAAAGAAACGAAAGCCUGAUGAAGCCCAACAACAACAACGCAACGUCCCCCCCCCCCCAAUCCCUGCUUGUCUGCCGUUUCCAUUGCUCUGUGGCAGAUGGAAGAUGGAAUUCUGCUGGUUAUUGCAUAUUGAGUAUUAAAUUACGGAGUACUGUAUUAUUAUUUCACUACAGUGUUUGAUGUGUUUUUGUUUGGGGAUUAACCAGUGCAUUGCGCGGCUCAAAAUAAGGGGACAAACAGCUGGAUUUCAAUACACAAAGAGAAGAAUAAUAAGUAAAGGAGAGAGAGAGAGAGUUAGUUAUUUAUUAUAUUAUGUUGUAUAUUAUUUUUUCAUUAACAGAGUUAACCUUUUUUUAUUUAAACUUUGUCACAUCGCCCCAAGACGAAGUCUUAUUUCUGUCUUUGUUCUUGUCUCGCCCACUUUUCGCUCCACUCCGGCGUCUGCUCCUGAGUCGAGCCUGAGUCUGAGUCUGAGUCUGAGUCUGGAUGGAGUCUGAGUCUGGAGUCUGAUGAGAGUCUGUCUGUCUGUCUGUCUGGAGUCCUUUUCUCGCAGCUCUCUUUUUUUUUCCCCGUCACAAUCCACCACAUCCACAUCCACAUCCACCACAUCCACUGCGACGUCCACUACGACGUCCACUACGACAUCCACCACUCCAUCCACCACUCCAUCCAUCCCUGCGACCAAUCCGCCCACACUGUUUCUCAGCAUCCCCGGCGGCGACUCCACCGCCCUCUUGUGCAGCCGGUUCGCGGGUGCUGGAUUACAAUUAUUAUAUCAUCGGUUUGUCUCCCGCGCUCCAGUCCAGUCCAGCUCCAGCCCUGCUGCAACGGCUUACUUCCUCCAAUUUUGAGCUCUAUCUCACCCACCCUCAACCUCAACCCUCCUGAAGAGACGACUACUGCUCGUCCUCAAUCCAUUUGUUUUUAUCUUAUUUUUAAUCAUUUCAUCCCCUCAUCUGCCUCCAUAUCCCAUCUGUCUAUCUAUUAUCUAUUCUUUGAAACUAUGUCUCAAUGCGCAGUAUGGCGUCGUGAUUCUCCCACCACAUCUUAGUCCUUACUUCGGCCCCUUUCGCCAUGGAUUUCAUUCUAUCCUUGACGCACUUCUGCGAAGUGCAUGGCCCGACAUCCGUCCUCUGUUCCCAAGUGAUACCCUCCUCCUGCGCGCAAUGUUACCCAGACACCUAUGACAUCUCACCCAGCGAUACUCCCUUGUCCUCUCACGCCACUUCCCCUUCCCUGCAUUCCCGUGACGCUGGUCGACCUGGAAAACCCGAUCAGCAAUCUAUAACGCCACCGGAUAUCGCCGUCAGCAGCUCUCUAAACGGCUGCUCCUCAUCUAGCCUCGAUCCCCUACCUUCCCCUCUCGCUUCAGCCCCAACGCCCAGCCAGCGAAUAGAAGACCAUCCCUGGUUCUUGAACCGGCUAUCAGGCCGCGCUGAUACGGACAGGCUUAGUCGCAUUGCUCGUGCUGAUAGUGAAACCUGCGCAAGCUGCAGCCUAACAGUCCCAAAGGGAGUAAGUAAACAGCUUCCACCCGGCGGGCCGGGAACUUUGAAGGAAGAUGGCAAAAGUAGGAAUGGAAGUCCCGUGCUACGCUCCAGGGAAGUUGUAUACUCCUGUAGCGGAUCGCGAGCGGAUUACAACACAGAACCCCACCAACGCCACUCGUCUCCAGCCUCACUUCACUCCUCCGUCUCGUCGGAAACAUCCUCAUGCCAUACACAUAUCGUAAACUACCUCUCCUUACGCGGUCCGCCAAAUCCCGACGACUAUGCUCUUCUACGCAGCGCUUCAAUCCGAACACUGAGCUGUGAGCUCCUCCCCCGUGGGCUCUCAUCUGGACCCUUAUCAUUCGGCGACUCCUCCGCCGGCUACACUAUCGCUUAUGUCUUUCGCCUCCCAGACCCCAUGGCUCGCGGCAAACGCCGCAGCUAUGCGCUCAUUGCCCUGGCAGGCAAGGACGCUGGAAGGGCCUUCCGCGCUUCCCCAGUCAUCUGGCGCGUUUUCGGCCGUAUUGCCGCGAGCAUCGUAAAUGCAGCCGAGCGACACCAGGACUCGGAAAAACGCAAGGAAGAGGGCGCGGUUUCUAAAGCUGGUGCUGGCGCUGCUACUACUGCCAGUAUGGCCAACGGACGCAACUACACGCCCAUAUCCUCGUUCCUAACCGGCCGAACCCUAGAUCCAGACGGCCAACCGCGCCGCGCCGGCCAGAUUCGUGCUCGCAAUCUUGCAGAGAUCGUGGAGAACGAAUACAUCUUUACAGAACUACAUGCGCAAUUUGUCGCGUUGCUCCAGCAGCUGUGUGCCAUGUUUGGCGGACCCCGUAUCCCGGACGAUCGCUCGGUGUGCAGCUCGUUUGAAGAGGACACGUUUUCCCCCCGUCGACAGUCAUUGUCCGGGGAUUGCGGGAAGGGGUCUACUCGCACCGGUGCGACCACUGCUAGAUCAAACGGCCCUGUCGAUACGAGUAAUCCUGGGCGUGGUUAUGAUUCCUCCUCUGUCAUUCUCCCCCCCUCCCCGAAACCAAUACCCAUAUCCCAUCGCGGACGACAGCUAGCAGCCUAGGGAAGGUUAAGCGUCCGCGCCUCCUUGUUCGAAUUCGAUCUUCCAUCCACCACCAAACGAAAUAUUUCUUACCUCCUACACUAUCCGACUCUUAUCCCUUUUCAGUGCUCCCUUUCUCAUAUUUCUUUUCUGUUGCAUACAAACCAUAUACCCCAACCCAUCUAUCUCUCUUUCGAUUUAGCCAUUUUUUUCUUCUUAAAUAUACCUCUUUCCUUUUUACCCUUUUUUUUUUUUCUUUUUUCUUCUUCUUUUUCUUUUUUUUUCCGGGUUUCUCUACCAUCGAAUACAUUUUUAACGCGAUCACGGCUUUACUUUGCAUAUGACAACAACCACAACACCUACUUGAACCUCGAAACACGCAAUCGAAUUCCUGAGUACCUACUCCCACCCAGGCAAGAAGCACAACCCGCCCAACUCCGCGCCCGCUCACCAUUCCCGCCACCCUUCCAGCCAUUUAUAUAUAUAUAAUAUCUAUAUACAUAUUUAAUCACCAUACGAUACCAUCUGAUUUCACUUCUCUGAAUAUAAUUGGCAACCUCUUCUCCCGCCACAACUUCUAUUUUAAAUACCUCGUACCUAUCUACCUCUCCCUAUUAUCAGGGUGGAAUCUUUGUCCUCGAUUCUCUGCGCGGGACGAAACGCAAACAUCUUGCGUUCCAAAGCCCCCAAACCUCCUUUUUGCCUGUGGGGGCGAUGGACGGGUGUGAAAUAUCAUCCGGCUUCGAUGAUGAUGAUGAUGAUGACGAUGAAACCACCCCCUUCCCUUCCCCUCCCCUCCCGCCGAUAAUAUUUAAGAACCUCCCGCCCUUUUCUCACUCUUGUCCUAACGGCCGAUGAGCGUUUUUAUUAUUUAUUUUUCCAUAUCCCUUCUUCCAUUUCUUGCGAAUAUACAUCUUGUAUAUCUCCACCAGAGUGUGUUUGUGGCGGGGAGGCAAAUGGUGGUUCAUCAUCAUCAUCUAUCUUCUUUGGUCCGCUAUGUAUCCUUCUUACCCCACCUUGUUUUCGGGGAUUAUUUAUAUUCAUUUUCUUUUCUUCAUUUGUUUUUACACAUUUAUCUUAUUAUCUAUUUUUAAUUUUAGUUUUUUCUUUAUAUGUUUUUUAAUCAACAGAAGAGGGAGGACGGGGGAGGAUGUACGUUUACGCGAAAUCGGACUUUCCCCCCCCUAUCCCUAUCCUACCACGACGAUUCCCUGACAUUCGACACAUGAAGUUAAUAAAGAGGCAAGCCAGGAUGGGGGAAUAUUCUUUUGGUUUUUUU